AGGGUUUGUUUGUCCAACUUUUCGACUUUGACGAAAGGAGCUGUACGGUAUUCAAGAUGACGCCUAUACAAUCCAUAUUCAUUCUGGCGAGCCUUUGCGUUCUUGCAACGGCAUAUGAGAAGCCAUGCACAUACAAAGGAAAAACGUACAAGGACGGUCAGACAUUCAAGGAUGACUGCAACGACUGCAAAUGUGACGAUGGAAAUGCAGUAUGCACGAGGAAAGGAUGUCCAAAGGACCCAUGCACAUACAAAGGAAAAAUCUACAAUCACGGUCAAAAGUACAAAGACGAUUGUAACGACUGCGAAUGUGACGAUGGAAAAGUCGAGUGUUCUAAACGCGAAUGUCCAAAGGACCCAUGCAUCUACGAAGGAAAACCCUACAAGCACGGUCAAAAGUUCAAAGACGAUUGUAACGACUGCGAAUGUGACGAUGGAAAAGUCGAGUGUUCUAAACGCGUUUGUCCCAAACGGUGCUCCCACAAUGGUGAAUACUAUGACGAAGGCGACGAUGUAAAGAGCAAGGAGCCAUGCACGCGAUGUUUCUGUAAAAAUGGCUCGGUAUUUUGUUCCCCUGUCGUUUGUCCGCCCUGCAAAGGCUUCAAACCGCCAGGCGCUUGCUGCCCGAUCUGCGACUAACAACCGUAUAAGAAGCAGGGUCGAUCGCGCUAAAAGCA